GACCGACCUCAUUGGCCAGAGGAAGAACCAGCUCUCAACUGUGCAGCCAAAGAUCUUUGGCCUCUAGAUAAACCAGGUGUUAUAUAUAAUUCAGGGCCAAAAUUCUGUUUGAUAUACAUAUAUGUUCUUAAUUUUGGCUUUAACAGAACAUUUUCAAACCAUUUUUCUUCAAAUUUCAAUAAAAGCUUGUUUUUAAUAAAGUUAACAUUACAGCACAGGUUAUUGAAUAGAUGGUUCCAAAUGUGUAUAAAGUUAUUUGAUACCUGUACCUGCCCGUCGUUUACAUCACCAGCAUGUGACCACAAUGUAUGCAAUCACUGUCUCCUAUAGGACCAAACAUCAGUACAGGUUGAUCCCUGUAUUACCAGCCGAUGGUAACACGUAUACAUGUGAGCUUGGGUGGCUCACCAUAGUGGUUUAUCUUGUUUACACCAGAUAAACUUCAGGUCAUGAGACUCAUGGAUGAUAACUAGUGUUGUAAAAUGAAGCAGGCACUGUUUUUGGAAACACAUAAUCAAAAGUAUUCUCUCUCAGACUCUUGGACUCUUUGGUACCUCGGGGGUUAAAGCUAAAUAGAAACUGCUAAACACAGCUUUGGUCAGAGUAAGAAUGUGCUGCCUCAUCUUCUUUGCAUUUGCAUCUAUAUUUUUUAUGUUUGUUAGUUUUAUUUGUUUUGCGGCUUGCUGUGUGUCCAGAUUUGUCUCAGAUUUGUUGGAAAGAUUAGUAACCAACGAGAUUUGUUAUUUCAGCAAAACUUUCCUGGUUAAAUGAAGCUUGAAAACAUUUCAACAAAAAAUAUAAACUCAGGGAAAAAGCAGAUAAAUGCCAAACAAAGUUCAACCAAACCAGUGAAAAAUCAUUAAAAGUCAAUAAACUCAAGAGUCACAAACAAAACUAGAGCAUUAAAUAUCACCAUAGGAAACAAUUACAAAACUGUUUCCUCAUAAAAAGAAGAUUUAAAGCUUGGAGUGGCACCGUUUUCCUGCAGCUCUCGCUUCAACUCAGCCAACAAUUUACGAGACAUCCAUCAUGUCAUAUUUCUUAGAGAAGCAGUGCAGGAAAAAAUAGACCCGAUUGAUUUUGCUUUCCGCGAAAACAAUAGACGGUGAACUCGUCCAAAGCACUAAGCCUCCCCCGGAGGCUUGUGGGCUCUUGAAUGUGGGAUUCCCGCCAAACACAAAGCAAAGACCUGGCUUAGCUCACACAAUAGGCCCAUGUAACCCGGCUAUAUUUAAGGUCAGCAGGCCAGGUGUUGAACCACACGCCCACUCGCUGUGUUUUUGUGCAGACGGGGCACAGCCGCGCAUCAGAAAGCAGGUCACGCCUAAAUAUAAAAACAUUCUGUGCUGUCAGCGGCGAGUGUGACCCGUCAGAGUGAGCCGAUAACAUACCUCAUAGGUUGAUCUGCAGAGACGUACAGAUUGUAACGGAGCCGUUUAUUAGCUGGCAUCAUGGCUCUCCUCCCUGCAGUGAUGAACACUUAUGACGAGUAUGAAGACGAGCUCAGCGACUACAUCAACCAGCUCAGUAUUCAAGACUCCUGUCAAGAUGCCUUUCUGAAAUCUACCGCCAGUUUAGCAGCAGCAACAAAUGAAAACCUGAGAGUCCUGGCAGCCAUCGAGCAAGGUGAGGUCUCGGUGCUCAGGGAGAUGAUGAGGCACACUUUCGCCUUCCAAGAGUUGGACAGUCGCGGCUGGCUUCCCCUCCAUCGAGCUGCUUCCCAGCCCGCCCUGGAGGUUCUGGAGACCAUCCUGAAACAUCAGAGGCUCAGCCUGGAGGAGAAGACGGUCGAGGAAGGAGAAACGCCGCUCACGCUGGCGAUUAAAGCCGGACUGGUGCAGAAUAUGAAGAGCCUGCUGGAGUACGGAGCUUCACCUCAGAACACCAACAGCAAGAACGAGUCGCCGCUGCUGCUGGCGGUGAGGGCCGGCUCUUACGAAAUGACGUACACGCUGGUGGCUUACGGCGCCUGGGUGGAGCAGGUUUGCCGGAAGAAGUGGACAGCCAUGCACGAGGCGGCCAAGGUCGGUAACGUGGAAAUCCUGAUGCUGCUGCUGAAGAACGGCGGCCGCGUAAACCAAAAGGACGUGACAGGAGUGACGCCGCUAGCAGUAGCUGCAGAGCACGGACACGCUCACAUCGCGGAGGUUCUGGUGCACUGUGGGAGCAGAGUGAACUCUCAGGCUUGUAACGGGGAAAGCGUCCUGCUGGAUGCGGCCGGAUCAGGAAACACCGCCUGCGUUCAGCUGCUGCUGGAGCAUGGAGCCGACCCCAACCUGCCCAGCGUCAUCGGACACCUGGCCAUCCACAAGGCAGCUUAUGCCGGACAUUAUGAAGCCUUGAAGGUGCUGAUACCUCUCACCACCAAGAAGGCCAUUAAAGAGGCAGGUCAAAGCCCAGUCCACUCUGCGGCGGAGGGAAGCCAGAGCCAAUGCCUGGACCUCCUGCUGGCCUAUGGCUUCGACGUCAACUACCGCAUGAACACCAGAAACUCAGAAAACUAUCGGGACAUGAGGAGGAGUGCCUUAUACUUUGCUGUCUCCAACGGCGACGUGGACUGCACCAAAAGCCUGCUGGCAGCCGGGGCAAAGACCGACCUGGACCCGCUGAGCUGCCUCCUGGUGGCGGUCCGGUCGGGGUGCUACGAGAUCGUGAAGAUGCUGCUUGCGGCCAAAGCCGACGUGAACUGUUACUUCACGGUGGUGAGCGACACGCUGUUUCCCACGGCGCUGCAGUACUGCCUGAAGGACGAGGUGAUGAUGAGGCUGCUGCUCAACAACGGCUAUGACGUGGAAAGAUGCUUUCACUGUCACCAUGACAACGCCUUUGAUGCUACGGAUGAUGUGGAGGGGAAAAUUCCUUUCUGUGAAUUCAUGAGUCUCUGCUGUCUGAAGCAUCUGUCCGGGAGCGUGGUCCGGAUUCUGCUGGACUACGUCAACCACGUCCACAUCUGCUCCAAACUCAGACUCAUCCUGGAGAAACAGAGAGAGUGGCCCGAAAUAUGUGACAUCCUCAGUAGCCCUCGCUCCCUCAGGCACCUCUGCAGAUUGGAGAUCAGAAGGUGUCUGACCCUGAAGAGACUCAACAAGCCUGAAAUCAUGAACUCAGACAUUUUCCCUCCCAGACUGAAGAACUUCAUUCUGUACCAGGAGCUCAACCUCUACAGUCAGGACCCUGAACGCAUCAUGUGAAGAUCUGAGGAUUCACUGCAAGAGUCCUGCUUGUUUUGGAAGGAUGUAACUAAUCUUUAAUCUCUGUUUUAAGCGCUAUGUAAAGAAACGUUAUUGUUAUAUUAUUAUUUAGUACUUUUUAUAAUAUGUUGUCAGUAUUCUGUUCUGGAAUAAAUGUGUGGUUGUUAAGGA